AUGAGUAAAGAGAAGGAACGCGCAAGACUUGAAAUAAUCCUGGAGAAGGAAUGUAUCCUUCUCAAAGGUACUGGGGUCGACGUCGAACCAGCUCGUCUCUCCGGGCAUGUUGCGCUUUACCUUUCAGAAUCGACUUCCAUCAAAGAAAUCACUCUGCAGUUCAGAGGUAAAGCUCGCUUACCUGUUCCCUCUCAUGAAUCUAUUUCCUUGAAUUCUGCUCCCCUUACAUUUAUUGUGUGCAAUCAUGAAUGGUCUUUUCUCGAGGGAGAGAAACGGCACUCGCAUACACUGAAAGCUGGUCGUCAUUUCUUUCCCUUUCAACUCCAACUUGGCGGUUCCCUUCCGUCGACUGUAUCGACCACUGUGUUUGGUGGCGCGUUUGUCGCAUACAAACUCCGAGCUCAUGUGUCCCGACCAGGUCUCAGUCACAACCUUCAGUCCCAAAUUCCUGUCACCAUCAUUCGCUCCUUUGCACCCGAAGCGCUUGAGUAUCAGCAGACACUUGAGAUCGAAAACACAUGGCCGGAGAAGCUCAUGUACUCCAUCAUGAUUCCACACAAGGCUUGGGCUUGCGGUGACACCGUCACUGCCCUUGUGAAAUUUUCACCUCUUCUGAAAGGGGUCGGUGUGCUCAACAUCAAUACUUCCAUUCACGAGACCGUAAAAGUCUAUACAAGGACUGGUCAUCAGGAGCAUAACCGUGCGGUUGCUAGCAUGAAGCAUGAAAUUGUAGGUGGUAAGGCUGUCGAAGUGCACGAACACGAACACCGCCAUCGAACAGCUCAGACACCAUGUGGGUCACCAUCUCCCGGGACUCCGAGUUUGUCCAGCAGCUAUCGUAGCACAGGAUCCGCUGGUGGCUAUUUUGCCUAUUCACCUAACGGAAGCCAGACUUCCCAACCUGGGCCUUCUUCAUUGCCUGCUUCCUUGUCUGCAUCUCCAUCAUCUCAGCUUUUACGAGACCCUGUCGAAGGCCUGGAAAUGAGCCAAGAUGACGUCGUAACCUAUCUUCUUCUCCCAAUUCCACUCAACAUCACUCCGACUCAUGUUCUUGAUCCAAUACAUGUCACUCAUCGGAUUCGAUGGAGCAUACUUAUACUGAACCCGGAUGGCCACACCUCCGAAUUACGGUGUUCGCUUCCUCUUCAUGUCCUUGACCCACGUCUAUUGAAUGAGGCACGUAUGAACACAGCUGCCACACGGCGACUGUUAAUAGGAGGCCCAGAAGUUCCAGCGGAGGAAACAGAAGAUGACAUGGAGCUUCCUAGCUACCAUGCACACGUCCGUGACCGAAUAGCUAACAUGUACCUGCCUGAAAGUGCGACCAUGCGCGUUACCAAUCCAUGGGUCCGAGACGGUGUCAACUCUUUAGGUGGGAAUAGUGACGUUGUUUCACCUUGGCCGAGAUCGCGUUCUGGCUAUUCAUCACCUUUAGAUGCUCAUGCAUUAUCGCAUCUUCCUCACGCGCCUGGUUCAGGGGAUAGCACACCUUUGGAUUGGGUCAAUUCUGAGCUUUUGCUUCUUCACCCCGACAGUGAUCCCCACACUCAAACAAUUGGUCAUUUUUCUCAAACAUCCUCAGAGGUUUCUCCUGACCAUUCGAAUCCCUCCUCCAGUCCUGUAACCCGUCCCAACAGUCGUCCAACCAGUUCGUAUCCCAGUCGUCGGUCAAGUCGGGCUUCCAGUCCCGAACGUGGUGGCCACGUAAAUCCUCAAUCUCUCCAUGUCGCCGGACCAAACGAGACUUACAUACAUACUGGAAAAGACAGCCGGAAUAUUCAGGGCGUGUUCAAAGCGACGAUGAAACCUUUUACUUCCCUCACUCAUCCCACAUGGCUCGGUUCUCGCUCCCACAGUCAUAACAACCUGUCUUCGUUGACUUCUUCCAGCUCUUUAACGGCUAAUCUUUCUCAUGACCGCCCAGGUCAAUCAAUAACACCUGGCAAUCGAACGCUUCAGCUUUCGGAUUACAACAACAGUCAAGAGGCAAUGCAACGUGUACCCGAUUAUCAGAUAGCAUCGAGGGGCUUCAUCGGUGGCGUUCCUCCGUUGACAAGUUUAAGAGACCUGCCGUCGUACGAAGACUCACAGCUUGGGACUCGUACCCGUAGUGACUCUGACCUGGCUUCGAGGUUUGCGGGCGUUUCGCUUUCACCUAUGGCGACGGUUGCAGGUAGAACCGCGUUGCCCACUACACCUCUUUCAUGA